AUGUCGUCUUCAGACUCAGCAACACGUUCGCUGCCCGUCCUCAGCCUGCGCGCAGCAGAGAUAGCCUCGGCAGCUGCCCAGAAAAAGGCACAGGAAAUAGGCAUUGACUUCAACAUUGCCAUUGUAGACGCCACAUUAAACCUCCUGCACUUUGUGCGCCAACCUACGGCAAAACUAACCUCGAUCAACAUUUCCAUCGACAAAGCCUUCACUGCAGCCGGCCACAAACAACCCACCUCUGCAUACAAGAACCCCAAUUUCUUGCCUGGAGGCCCGGCAUAUGGUAUCCAUAACUCUAAUGGUGGUAGGUUUAUGUUGAUUGGGGGUGGUGUGCCUAUUGUUAUCGAUGGGCAGGUCGUGGGUGCUGUGGGUGUUAGUACGGGGACACCGGCGCAGGAUGAGCAGGUUGCGACGGCGGGAGUUAAGGCAGUUGAGGAGUGGGUCAAGAAGAGACAGGGACCUAAAUUGUAG